AUGUCAACUGAUUCGCUCGAACAGCGACUCUACGAUCUCCUUCAGCCUUAUCGCGAAGAGUGCUACAAGAAUGCUUCCAACACCGCACCGGCAAUAGAAGAAGAACGCCUGCUUCUCAUACUUUGUGAGAACAUAUCGUUCAUAAUCCGCCACAACCAGUCUUCUUAUGGCAAAAUCAUCGUUCCAAUUGAUAUCUCUGUCGGCUCUCGCAACUGGUCUACUAUGAUCAAAGGCGGCGGAGGGAUAGCUGGAAUGGGAAUCUUCGUCAACGGGAACGGGUAUACACACACUGUCAUGCGCUGCUGGGCGAGGAAGGAAGACGGGAAGAGCGUAAUCGAGAUUCUGACGGAGGAGUGUGACAGGGCGCUGGCGAACUUCUUUCCCGAAGUGAAGCCCGCAAACGCGCUCGAACAGCGCAUCUACGAUCUCAUGCGCCCAUUCCGCAACGAAUGUUAUGAAGCGCCCGACACUGUCGAUCAAGUCGCCGCCGCCAGCCGCGCUGUCAAACUCGAGCGCAGGAUCCUCGUUCUAGCUCAGAACAUCGCAUUCCUCGCGCACAACGACAUCUCCAACGCCGGACAGACAAUUAACGCCUCCGAUAUCUUCGUGGUGAUGAGAGGCUGGACGGGAGACGGAGUGGCAAAGACAGGUGGCGCAAUUGCUGUUCUUGCACGCUAUCCGGAGGGUACUACGGGCGUUGUCAAGGCUACAUUUGAGGCUGGUGUCAGUGUCGUUGACGCGUUGUGUACGAAGGUUGACGAGAUGCUUGCUGCGAGCUUCUGA